CCAACGUCGAACAACUAAACUGCUGCCCCGACCUCCGGAUUUCAAUGCAAUGGUUCAAAGAAAGCCCGUGCCUAAUGGAACAGACUACCACCAUCAAAUGCAUGAAGACCUAAACUAUAAUGAGCAACAGCCUGCCUUCACAAGUUCACAUCCAGGGUCCCAGCCUAAUUCUUCGUACUCGCAUACCAGUCAGAGCACUGACCAAGUCUACUCCUAUAACCCGUCUGAUGCAGCGCAUGUGGACUGUGACCCAAGUGCGAUGUAUGACGAGUCAAAACCGCUCCCGGAACGGUACCAACCAGGGCAGCCCCUCCAAACGAUCGUAACAGGAGAAACACUCGAACUCGACGACGACUACGCGCCGUCGUCCACAGCUCAUGAUCACGACCCAUUUUCCGACUCAUAUCGCUUGUCACAGCACUCUCAGACUCAACUGCAGCACAACCAAUACCCGGCCGACCAUUCGUUCGCUCAGCCUCCGUCUCGUGGAUCACACGAGAGACUUUUGGGCACGCCAUUUGGUUCAGUCCAAACACUGUAUCCGCAGUAUCCUCGUGGGACACCACAGACGCCAAACAGCGGGCCUAUGGACCAUUUCCGACAUGACACAGAAGCUUAUGCUUCGGGUAACUCUGCCCGCGCUAACCGCUGUACACCUCAAUCCCGUUCGCCCACCCCGUUUGGGGAUGACGAAGACUACAUGUUAGUUGGGAAUACCGUCCUGCACUCCACUGGCUGUUCCCGACACAGAGGCCAAGUCUACGAUUCUGAAAAGCUUCACAACGACCUCAAUGACGAGUACGAUAUCUCCCAAUACGCUGAUGUUCCAGAUGAGGACAAUUACACGGAAGCUUCAGAGAAAACACCCCCCGUGGCGGAGCCGGAAACGCCUGUCGAAACGCGUCACUUUGGGCCGGCCCCGAUUGGUCGCAUUCGCAGACGGAUAAAGAAGAAGCGGGUCCAGCUCACGAACGGUCACCUCGUUGUAGACCUCAACGUUCCGCCAAAGCUCGUUCUUCCCUACCGCGGAGAACCAGAAAUGGUCCAAACGCGAUACACAGCGGUCACUUGUGACCCUGAUAAUUUUGAAAAAGAGAGGUUCUUUCUGCGACAGAACGAAAGUGGUCGGACCACCGAACUAUUUAUCGUUAUCACUAUGUAUAAUGAAGACGAGGUCUUGUUUUGCAGGACAAUGUAUGGAGUGAUGCGCAACAUCGCACACCUUUGUUCACGCAAGCACUCCCAAACGUGGGGCCCUGAUGCGUGGAAGAAGGUCGUGGUUUGCAUUGUGGCUGAUGGACGCAAGAAAAUUCAUCCUCGAGUACUAGAUUGCUUGACUGUUCUUGGCGUGUAUCAACCUGGAGAUCACAUGAAGAAUAUGGUAAACGGCAAGGAAGUGACGGCGCACCUUUUUGAGUACACAACUUCCUUUGCUCUGGAUCCCAACAUCCAGUUCAAGUAUCCCGACAAGGGCAUCGUCCCCACGCAAAUAAUCUUCUGCAUGAAGGAGAAGAACCAGAAGAAGAUAAAUAGUCAUCGGUGGUUCUUCAACGCCUUUGCACCCAUGUUGCAGCCGAACGUCUGCGUGCUACUUGACGUUGGUACGCGUCCUGGAAACAAUAGCAUAUACAGAUUAUGGAAGACAUUCGACGUCAACUCAAAUGUCGGAGGCGCCUGCGGCGAGAUUGCUGUAUACAAGGGAAAGAACUGGCGAAAUAUUUUGAAUCCGUUGGUGGCCGCUCAGAAUUUCGAGUACAAACUCAGUAAUAUACUCGACAAGCCCACAGAGAGCAUGUUUGGGUACAUCAGCGUGCUGCCUGGAGCAUUCUCUGCCUACAGAUGGAUAGCGCUGCAAAAUGGCAAAGAUGGACAAGGCCCGUUGGCUUCCUACUUUAAAGGCGAAGUACUUCAUGGUGGCGACACGGACAUUUUCACCUCAAAUAUGUACCUCGCUGAAGAUCGCAUACUAUGCUUUGAACUGAUAGCAAAGGCAAACUCUAGCUGGGUCCUCAGAUACGUGAAGGGAGCUAUCGGUGAAACUGAUGUCCCUGAGUCGCUUCCCGAGUUUAUUUCUCAGCGUCGUCGAUGGCUUAAUGGCUCGUUCUUUGCUGCGGUUUAUGCCAUUGCACAUGCCGGGCAAAUUCUACGCUCAGGGCAUAGCACAUCUAGAAAAGUCUCACUGAUGGUCGAAACCGUUUAUAGCCUCAUAAAUCUAGUAUUUUCCUGGUUUGCAAUUGGAAACUUCUACUUGUUCUUUGUAAUCCUGAGUUCUUCAUUGGAGGACCCGUCAUUCGGAAUGCCCUCAAUACGGUAUUUUAAUGCCGUCGUCCAGUAUUUCUUGGCCUCCAUCAUCAUUGCUUGUUUUUUGAUGUCCAUGGGGAACAAACCGAAAGCUGCCCAUCGGAAGUACAAGCUUGCCUCGGUCUUCCUAGGAGUGCUUAUGGUGUACUCAAUGGUCGCUUCCGUGUUCUGCGGGAUCGCGGCAGCCUCGCAGGUGGGAGGCGCCUUGGUGCUUUUAAGUGUUGCCAUCACGUACGGAGUCUACGUGACCAGUAGCCUCCUUGCGUUCGACCCCUGGCAUAUUCUGACGAGCUUCUUACCUUACUUACUAUUGACACCAACAUACCUUUGUAUACUGAGCAUUUAUGCAUUCUCGAAUUUGCACGAUAUUUCGUGGGGUACCAAGCAAGAUGCGGUCCCUGACAAAGACCUCGGUGCUGCAGUGCAGGACUCUCAUUCUCAAGUCGACAUUCAAAUGCUCGCGGAAGCUGCAGAUGCAAAUGGGAUAUACGAGGAGGCGCUGGAGGGCUUGCGCGCAUCCAAAUUCACCGAUGGGAGUAUCCUUAAAGGACGUGUUGCGAAGGACGGUAAAACAGGCAGUAUGGGGGACAAGAAGAUCUAUCCCAAGCGGAAGGCAAUGAACGAGCGCGAAAGGGAGAUGGCCGCGAUGGACUACUACGCUGACGUACGGACAAAUGUAUUGCUGGCAUGGGUUCUAUCGAACGGUAUUCUUCUCUUGCUCAUUCUCUCGGGAUCAUCUCCUUCAAGCACGUUUGAUCCCAACGCAGGGGUAUCUCGCACCAAAGGUUAUCUCAUGUUCAUUCUGGCCUUUGCAGCUAUUACCAACAGUGUGCGCUUCGCGGGGUCGACAUUGUAUCUGCUGAUGCGUGUUUUCACGACAUGAUAUGCAUAAAUACAAGCGUUUCGUGCGUGUUGUCACGUUGGGAGAGCAUAACCUGCGAAUGAAAUCAUCGAAUACCAGUGCCAAUGUGGUGCUUGAUUCCAUGCAACGGUCGGCACGGAUUAGGAGUAUCAUAACGCAGGAUCGAGGCAGAGAAGGAAAUAACUCUUCAGGCGUCAUCUAUAAGAAGAGAAACGGGUUAUCUUGAGAAAGCCAAGUGAUUUGUGGCCAGUUUAAUGUCAAGCCAUGGUUCUGUGUGAAUCUGACAUGCCGUGGGUGGUGGUGAAUCAGAACUUCGAGAUGCUAGGUG